GGAUGAGCCGUCGCUGGCUGGGGAUCUCAGCCGGAAUGAGGACAGUGGCAUUUACUGUCCGCCGGAGGCAGAGACUGACACCAGCAAUGCUGUCCAAAAUACAUCCCAGUUCUGCACUCUCCCAAUGACACCCAUGACCCCUAUGACCCCCAUGACCCCAGUGGCGGAAAGUUCAGGCAUCAUUCCACAAUUACAGAAUAUUGUGUCAACGGUGAACCUUGCUUGCCCUCUGGACCUGAAAUCCAUUGCACUUCAGGCUCGAAACGCUGAAUACAAUCCAAAGCGUUUUGCUGCCGUAAUAAUGAGGAUUCGGGAACCAAGAACCACCGCUCUCAUAUUCAGCUCUGGAAAAAUGGUCUGCACUGGGGCAAAGAGUGAGGAGCAAUCUCGCCUUGCUGCACGGAAAUACGCUCGGGUGGUACAGAAACUAGGCUUUCCUGCCAAAUUCCUGGACUUCAAAAUCCAAAACAUGGUUGGAAGUUGUGACGUCUGCUUUCCUAUACGCUUGGAGGGCCUGGUCCUCACUCACCAGCAGUUCAGCAGCUAUGAGCCGGAGUUAUUUCCUGGUUUGAUAUAUCGCAUGGUGAAGCCACGCAUUGUUUUGCUGAUUUUUGUAUCUGGAAAAGUUGUGCUCACAGGUGCGAAAGAGAGGUCAGAGAUCUAUGAAGCCUUUGAAAAUAUCUACCCCAUCCUGAAAGGAUUCAGGAAACAGUAGAAAUUGUGCACUUACUAACUAUGUUUCAUGUGAAUACCUGUAUGUGAUUAUGUGCCUUGUCUUCGAGUCUUCGAAUGCAAUAAUUCAACCAAGACUUUUGUUAUUGUACAUAGUUUAAUGUAUUUUUAUAGCAUAUGCCAACAUCCCCAAGGCCACUGUUAAGAGUAAAUGUUUUGUUAAAAUAUUGAACGAUGUAUGCACCCAGAUGGUUUUGUCGCUUAUGUGUUGUGACUGUGCUGAAGCAAGAACAAUAAACUUUGAACUUUUUUUAUU